AUGCUUUUGGGAAGACUCCCAACACCUCUGAGGGCUCUGCUUAUCACAGCCCUCUACGCUUCAACAUCCUCCGCUCUUCCAGCCAACACAAUCUUUGCCCGCCAAGACACAUGCGAUGCGGAUCAGACAUCAUGCAAUAGCGACAUCGCCAACUUUUGCUGCCCCAAGGGCAACUCUUGCAGACUUCUCGCUGGCAAGACCACAGCAGUUUGCUGUCCCAGCGGCCAGACCUGCAAUGUCAUCCAGCCCAUCACUUGCGAUAUCCGCGGCCAGGACCAGAGAGAGUUUCCCAACGCCCCUGUCAAGACGAUAGUAUUCAACCUCGAUCUCGAGAAAUGUGGACAGAAGUGCUGUCCUUUUGGAUACUCGUGUGAAGACGAGCAGUGUGUGAUCGACAAGGAUCAGACCAAUGUCCCAGAAGGCGCUGAGCUUCCCAAUGAGACGUCUACGCCUGUUCCCAGUGCGAUAACUACCGCUACGGGGGCUAUCGAGACCAUCUCCAUCAGCGCCGCACCCUCCACGAGCGCUGAGCCCACAGCAGCUGUUGGCUCAGAUAAUAGCUCAGACAAGGACGGAGACUCCAAGUCCGACAACUCGGGGCCUGCCACUACCUCCAUCGUUGGCAGUGUCGUUGGCGGCAGUAUCAUUCUUCUGAUAAUCGCCGUUGUAAUCUUCCUCUACGUCCGUCGUCAGAACAAACGUGAUGCGCAGGGCUCAGAAAAGGGUAGUCAUAUCUACGGUUAUGGGCGUCGAUCUACGAGCGAUGCCUCGUUCGGGAACAUCAUUUCCGAACCCAUCAGCCAGCCCAACUCUUACCGAGCCGACUUCAUUCUCAAGACCCCUUCAACCCAACGCUCUAGCAUUGUGCCUGCGCGCCAGCUUUCCAGUGCUGGCACACGCCUCAACGCUCCGCCUCCGCGGAUUCGCAUCUCUAUUCCGAAUCCCUUCGACUCACCCAAUCCCUCACCCAAUGCCCAGCCCAGUCCCCUCGACAAUGAAGAGUCUCUUCGACAUGGAAACGUUCGGCUGCCCCCGAUUCGCGCUAUGAAGGGCUCGUCGUACUGUAGUCGUCGACCAAGCACCCCUGAGCUUCAGCGUGAGCCGAGUAGCGAGAAUAUCAAUGUUUUCGCGGACCCCAGCACCAUUGUGAAACCCCGCCCCCUGACGAGAGCGACAACAUUCACCGACCUGAUGGACGAAGCUGAUCUUGGCGCCGUGCGGCGAGGGAAGCCCUACGUCCCCGGAACCACUCCCAGAAUCUAG